AUGAUGCGCCGUGGCAUUCGUAGCAGCCUGCGUGCACUCCCCCGUCGUGAUCGAUGGCACAUGCUGCAGGAGUAUGCCGUCGGAGAGAUGAACCAGGAGGAGUUUCGCAAGCUGCGUGUGCGCGACGGCCAGGUCACGACCUUGGUGGAAUCCACAACAGCCACUCCGAAGGCUAUCGACUGGGCUUCCUGGGAUUCCCGCAUUAGCAACAAGGAGGUCCUCGGCUGCCUGAAGAGCUUCCAUGAGCAGCAGUCUGUCCUGCUGGAGCAGGUCCUUAAAGAGGACCACUCCGCAUCCAUCAAGAAGCAGACAGAAGGCUGGGAGCUCUUCGACGCAGCUGUGACCAGCUGUGAGAAGUCUGUGGAGAAGUCUGAGACGAUCUUGAAGAAUGGUGCCCGCGCGCUUUGGAUCUCCUUCCAGAAUCCGCCCAUCUCCAUGCUUUCCCAGUCGGAGUGGUUGGACGCAGACCAGUAUUGGCAGGCUUUCGUUGAGAAGCACCAUUUCUACCACAACCACUUGCUGAGCGCCGUCGAAGAUCCCGAGAGCAAGGACUAUGAUGCAAAGACUAAGGCCGACCUCAAGCGAAACUGGGAAGUCUUCGAUGGCCGCGGAACCACGCGGCAGAACAACAAGCUGCUGUACCAGCGGCCAUCUUUCGAGUACUACGACGUCUUCCGCGGUCCGCUCAUCGAGCACAUGAUUUUCUACUUGACGAAGACCGGGGGUGAUGCCAGGACCUUCCCUGAAAUGAUGCCCACCAAGUGGUAUGCGGAGAUCUAUGACGUUCGCUUCAAGCUGUACAACGUCCUGCAGCGCCGAAAGCGGCAGGUACAUGAGGCCACCUGGUCUCGUGAAUCGACUCAUGACUUCCAUCCGCACGACAUGGAGCAUGACGGCGAGGCCUACUACUCCAAGUUGAUUGCCAAGGAGGCCGUGGCCACCGAGCUUUGUGCUGGCCGCCUGAUGGGGAACUUCAUUCUUUUCAGUGACACCUACGUGCCUGUGCAAUCGGGCACCGCUUUUUACAGAGCCAUCCAGAUGGAUGGUGGAAAGGGUACUUUCUACAGCCUCGGCUCGGACGUCAACUGCCUCUUCUACAAGCCUGCCGGAAUUGAGCUUACCACUCCGGACCCUGUGGAAUGCUUCCAGGCCCUGGCAGACCAUGCUACGAUGACAGGACGGAAGUUCGAGGCCGGCUACGCGGCGGCCUUCGAGUCCUUCACUGAAGUCCUGGCCUCGCGCAAAGAGGGCCUGGGAGGCAAUUGGUUCACGGCGCCAGGCGAAACCUCGAAGGACGCUUUCAUGCGAAGGCUGAAGAAGUCGGACCCUGCUUACGACAUCUAUGCAGCCGCUGCCCAAUCUGCCCACGGAGAGUCGCAAAAAUUCUGA